AUGAGUGACAUCAAUAGCUCGCUCCCUGGUUCGGAGCAAGGUGGUGAGGCUGGCGAGUAUCAUUAUGACUGGUACGGUACCAAGACGCCUUCAGGGACUGGCUCGGUUGACGGAGAUUCUUCCUCUCACCAUGAUGGAUAUACAAACCAGCCAGGAGACUGUGGCGCACCCAACUAUUAUGGAGAACGCCCCUACACAGACAACCCAAUAGACGAAGUCUAUGCUCAUGAAGGUCCGGUCUACGCCCCGGGAGGCCGGAGGCCAGUGAUUGCUGUCAUGGGUAGAACCGGAAGUGGCAAAACAAGCUUCAUUAAAUCUAUCGCUGGAGAUAAGGCGAAGCACCUUGUCAUCGGCAAGGACCUCCACUCUUGCACCCAUGAGGUCGAGAAGGUGACUUGUACCGUAGGCGGCAUGGAAGUCGACCUUAUCGACACGCCAGGCUUCGAUGAUACGAAGCUCAGUGACACCGAGGUGCUAGCCCGCAUUGCUGACUACCUCAAGUAUACCUAUGACGAAGGCAUCCGUCUUACCGGUUUGAUCUACCUGUAUCCAAUCUCGAACAACCGCAUGGAUGGUUCUGCAAUCAAGUACCUCAACGUCUUCCGUGCCCUCUGCGGAGACGAAAACCUCGGCAAUGUGAUCCUUGCCACGACCAUGUGGUCCAAAGUCUCUUCGUCUGAGGGCAAGGAACGAGAGGCGAACCUCAAGAACGACUUCUGGAGAAUCAUGAUAGACCAUGGAUCUACUGUGGAAAGGGUCUCCAAGCACCAGGACCCCCAGAAGGACAAGGCCCUGGUAGAGCGACUUCUUCCCAAACACACAGUCGUCCUUCAGCUCCAGCAGGAGAUGUCCGAGGGCAAGAAGCUGGCCGAGACCACGGUCGGGUCGUUGAUAUUUGAGAAGCUCACCAGGCGCGUCACCGAGCUUGAGAAGGAACUUGAGCUGACGCAGGCGGAGUCCAAGCGCGCGAUCAAGAAAGGAAACAAGAAGAUGGAAGAGUCCUUCAGGAAGGAGAUCAAGAAGCUCGAGAAGAAGCUCAAGAGCCUGGAGGAUGAGAAGAUGGAGCUAACGACGCGGCAGCCGGCUCGUGUGCCGAAGAACGCAAGAGGCUUCUGGAAAGGCCUCUUCGGUAUGAGCUGGACGUGUGUCUACAACUGCGGAAACCGGACAAAGUACUCCGGCUUCUGGCAGUGUGAGAAUUGCGGUGGAGAACAGAACAACACGAGGUACUAG